AUUCAGUUUGUUUGUUGUUAAAAUCAUACAAAUGACUCAAGACAAUUGUGUUGUGUUGGAAAAAUCGACAAAUUCUGUGCAUCCAAUAGAUGGAAGAGCUUGCACAAAGCCGGUCACCAAGUUUUUCAAAAAGGCCGCCAUUGAGUCGCUUGCAAGUGUUGCCUGAUGUAAACGUUUAUGUCGCAUGUUGUCCGUUGUUGUACAGCACUGCUUCCUGUUAUCUCUCUUCUGCACUGAAACGGAUGUUCGUUUGAGGCAACACUUAUUUUAGGAGAACGAAUCCGAACUGAAGAUUCCAAAAUGACGAAUACUCAGCUAUGGUUCCGCGGCGUCCGAUCGUCGCGCUUCCGUCACGUGUACGGCGCCCCGGCUAGACGCGAGAGGUGCUACGACGGAGUCCCAGUGACGCGUAACGCACACGACGCGCACUUCUGCGCGGUCAAUGGCAAGUUCGUAGCAAUCGUCACCGAAGUUGCCGGAGGUGGAGCUUUCUUGGUGCUGCCCAUCGAACAGACUGGUCGAAUUGACUUCCACGCAUCUCGCGUGACUGGACACACAGGACCUGUGUUGGACAUAAAGUGGAACCCAUUUGAUGACAAUGUAAUUGCAUCAUGUUCCGACGAUUGCACAGUCAAAUUGUGGCAUAUUCCUGAUGGAGGUCUAGGAGGAGAUCUUAGGGACUGGAUUGCUGAACUCAGAGGUCAUAAAAGGCGGGUCGGAUAUGUUGAAUGGCACCCCACUGCCAGGAAUGUGCUUUUCAGCGCUGGUUUUGAUCAUUUGAUCAUAGUAUGGGACGUCUCCAAUGCAGAAGCAAUUAAUGUCAUUGAUUGCCAUCCAGAUGUGAUUUAUUGCAUGAGCCUUAAUAGAGAUGGCAGUUUGCUGGCUACUACUUGCAAAGACAAGAAAUUGAGGGUCAUAGAACCAAGGAGUGGUCUGGUUUUAAGUGAAGGUUUUUGUCACACAGGAACCAAAGCUAGCAAGACCACAUUUUUAUCCAAUGGACGUGUAUUGACCACUGGUUUCUCUCGCCAUUCCGACAGACAAUGGUCCGUUUGGGAUCAGCACGACCUUAGUGCACCAUUGGCAACUGAGGUCAUAGACAGUUCUUCAGGAAUUGUUUUUCCUUAUUACGAUUAUGACACGAAUAUGAUAUAUCUUGCUGGUAAAGGAGAUGGAAACAUUCGCUACUACGAGGUUGUCGAUAAUGCACCACAUAUGCAUUACUUAAGUCAAUUCCUUUCUGGAAACCCACAGCGAGGUCUAGGAUUUAUGCCAAAACGCGGCCUGGACACGUCCCAAUGUGAAGUAUUCCGAUUCUACAAGCUGCACGCGACUCGAGGCAUCUGCGAACCGAUUUCAAUGAUAGUUCCCAGGAAAUCUGCACAUUUCCAAGCUGAUCUAUAUCCUGAUACUGCCAGUGAUAAACCUGCAUUGACUGCAGAAGAAUGGGCUUCGGGAAGAAAUGCACAGCCUUUGCUCGUUUCCAUGAAGACGGGCGAGAACAUUGAUAUAAUAACAACGACUGGUACGAAUAGAGCGCCUAAAAAACUUCUGGUCCAACAAAAUGGUCAUAAUGGUGUUUCAGAAAAUAACAAAAAGAAGUUUGCAUUUUUGUCCUGCGAAACUGUACCAGAUUAUAGGCCCAUGGACACCAAUGAUACCACGCUGACCGAGAAAAACCAAAAAACGAGUUCUAACCAGAGCACAAAGUUCCACCAAUUGCAACAAAUGUUUGGUAAUGGAGCCAACAAUAAUGUGGUUAAUUCUAUUAUUUCAAAUGAAUUAAAUAGAGAAUCGCCUAAUAACUCACCUGCAAGAAUUAUUACGAAUUCUGAUAUAUUCCAUUCAGAAAACGAGCUCCGCAAAGCUUACAACAAACAAUCGGAAGAACUUCGCCAAACCAAAAAACAAUUGGCAUUCUACGAGCGCAAGGUACGAGAGUUGGAGUCGAUCAUCAGGAACUUCAAAGAAAACUAAUUAUUAUUAUUGUUAAGUUAACAUUUUCAUAGUGAUAACAAAGGGCUCGGAAUGGAGAAGUUUUCUGUUAAAACGUUGGAUUUGGAAACAGAAUUUUUAAUAUUGCAACGAAGGUCGUUGUUCAUGUAGUUGGAUGUUUGACUAUGCUACUUAGAAGGCAGUGUUUUUUGUCUUAAAAAAUAUUUAAGAUGCAUUGCUUGAGCGAUAUUUAUGAUCACAGUGUGAAAAAUUCACAUGUUUGCGUAAGUAUUUUUUUACUUAUCCAAUAAUUACUUAUAAUUAGUAGCCGGAUCUACUAAACGGCCUUAAGUGCAGUAGAAACAUGAUGAACGCGGCUAAUUUUUGUCUAUAUCUAUAAGAAGGUAAUAUGUUUGUGCACACUCUGUUGUAUAGUAUGUACUUUUAUGAAUUAAUUAAAAAUAUGAAAAAACAUAUUUAAUUAAUUACCAAAUUUUAAUGUGAGAAACCACCCCUGAUGGCAUAACAAAUACAUAGUUUUUGCCAGUUUUUACAACUAUUUUAUACGAAGAUAGGACAGUAACAUAGCGUUUAUAUUUUAUCGGAUAAUUAGACCCUAAAUUUAAAACCGCUCUAAUUUUGAAUUAAAUUUAAAAAAAAGACCUUGAAUCAUAGAUCUUACACUACAUGGACUGCUAGUCGAGUAAAAAUAAGUGAAUAAUGAUAGAAGGGGACUAUGACGUCACUUGCUGAACGAGCGUUGCCGACAAUCGUGGAACACUCCCGAUUGAUUAAACGUAAUAUACAUAGACCUUAUGAUAUAUAAACCUAUUUUAACAGGUGUUACAGUUUACUAAAGAACGGCAUUACUAAAAUGGCCCAUGUCUGUCCACAAAUAGUGGCCCUCUUCUAUCAUAAUCACAAUGUAAAUAAUCGGCAAAAAUCACUUUGCAUUUCUAAGAUUAUAUGUCUAUAUAAAAUAUUGCAUAUUUACUUGAAUUUUUCUCGUUAAAACUCGAUGACAAAUCACGUAAGAGCGUACGAGGGUAAAAACUUUUUCUAUGAAAUUCUUAGCGCGUUUCUCUGUACAGUGCGAGAGUAAGUUUAUAACCUCCAAAUGCUUUUUAAAUUGAGCAAGUAUCGAAGUAUGAUAAAUAUGUGCGCGGCUUAACAACCAUGUUACUAGUCUUAGAGUUACUGUGGUGGCCCACUCCAACCUGUGGCCGGCAUUAUUAUUGAUAUCAAAAUUCUUACAAUAUUAUCAGUCCACACAGUUGCCAUAAUAUUAUUAAAAUAAAACUAUCACA